AUGACGGAAGAACCGCAGAAGGCCAAAGAAUUCACUAUAACAUUACCAGGUCCAGAUGGUACAUUUGAAGUCAUCGCGCUACUGGAACACAAUGAAGAUGCCGCUCAACACCCGCGCCUUAUCAAGGUCUCAAAACGCCCUCUCCCCUCUCCAAGGCCAGCAUCAACAACAGAGCGAGAAACGCGAGUUGUUCUUUCCCUGGGAUCUGGCCACCAACAAGCAGCUCACUUCUUCGAAGAUGUCGUAUCUCCCAUCCUCACAACCCUAUACGGAGAAGAGGGGAUGCUGACCUUGAAGAUUCACACAACACAGUCAGCAACGACAAUCCUGGAGCUUACUAACGAAGUCUUGUUCCCAGCGGCGAAUGGGACCACUGGUAAACCGCUGAGAAUUCUAUUGCUUUCUGGCGAUGGUGGCGUGGUUGACUUGGUGAACGGCCUGUCGUCGAAGGCCAUGUCGUCUCAGUACGUGGCACCACAAGUCGCCCUCCUCCCGUUGGGCACGGCAAACGCUCUCUACCACUCCAUCAAUGCCAACGCCGGGGCAAACAACAAGUGGGGCUUACACGCCCUCGCUUCAUCCACGUCCAAACCACUACCAAUCUUCACAGCAUCCUUCUCCCCGGGCGCACGUUUACUCGUAGACGAAGCACGUGUUGAAGAAGCCCUACCAACGGAUGAAAAAGGAAACGGCAAACUGCACGGCGCGGUAGUAUGCAGCUGGGGCAUGCACGCCUCCCUCGUGGCCGACUCUGACACAACCGAGUACCGCAAGUUUGGCAUCGAUCGCUUCAAGAUGGCUGCCAAGGAAGCCUUGUAUCCCUCCGACGGCUCCCCGCCCCAUCCUUACAAGGGCCGCGUCUCGGUUUUGAAAGGCAGCGACGACUGGACGGCAUUGCCGGAGGAAGAGCACAUGUACGUUCUCGCUACGCUUGUUUCCAACCUGGAGCAACCGUUCUGCAUCUCGCCUGCUUCGAAGCCGCUUGAUGGUUCCUUGCAUCUCGUGCAUUUUGGGCCCACGAGUGGGGACGAGGCGAUGCGCAUCAUGGGUCUAGCCUACCAAGGUGGGAAGCACGUAGAGGAUCCGGCUGUACGGUACGAAGCGAUCAAUGGCUUGCGCAUCGACUUCAAGGGUAUGGAGGACGAUGGGCGGUGGCGACGCAUAUGCGUUGACGGGAAGAUUGUGCGCGUGGACAAGGAUGGCUGGGUGGAGAUUAGGAAGGAGGAGAGACGAGUGCUCGAUGUUGUUGUCGCGUGA